UGCGGGUGCUCCACGGGCUGCGCUCCUCUCGGCCGUCCAGCGCUCACGAGCCACUGAAUCCUGAGCAAUGGAAGAGUUAAUAGUUGAACUCCGCCUCUUUCUGGAGCUCCUUGACCAUGAGUACCUCACAUCAACUGUCAGAGAGAAAAAGGCAGUGCUUACCAACAUCCUGCUUCGACUGCAGUCAUCCAAGGGCUUUGAAGUGAAGGACCAUGCUCAGAAGGCAGAAGCCAACAACCUGCCAGCACCACCACAGAUGCCUCUGCCAGAGAUCCCUCAGCCAUGGCUGCCUCCUGACAGUGGGCCUCCGCCUUUACCGACAUCCUCUCUCCCAGAGGGUUACUAUGAGGAAGCCGUGCCGCUGAGUCCUGGAAAAGCUCCAGAGUACAUCACCUCAAAUUAUGACUCUGAGGCUAUGAGCAGUUCCUAUGAGUCAUAUGAUGAAGAGGAAGAAGAUGGGAAGGGGAAGAAAACUCGGCAUCAGUGGCCGUCAGAGGAAGCCUCUAUGGACCUGGUGAAAGACGCCAAGAUCUGCGCCUUCCUGCUGCGCAAGAAACGCUUCGGCCAGUGGACCAAGCUGCUCUGUGUCAUCAAAGACACCAAGCUGCUGUGCUAUAAAAGUUCCAAGGACCAGCAGCCUCAGAUGGAGCUGCCGCUGCAGGGCUGCAGCAUCACGUACAUCCCAAGAGACAGCAAGAAGAAGAAACACGAGCUGAAAAUCACCCAGCAAGGCACAGACCCUCUGGUUCUCGCCGUCCAGAGCAAGGAACAAGCUGAGCAGUGGCUGAAGGUAAUCAAAGAGGCCUACAGUGGCUGCAGCGGGCCCAUGGAUCCGGAAUGUUCUCCACCACCCAGCGCCAGUGCCCCCGUGAACAAGGCGGAACUGGAGAAGAAAUUGUCUUCAGAGAGGCCCAGCUCUGAUGGAGAAGGUGCUGUGGAAAAUGGAGUCAUCACGUGCGACGGAAAAGAACAAGCAAAGAGGAAGAAACCCUCCAAGUCAGAGGCCAAGGGGACGGUGUCCAAGGUCACUGGGAAGAAAAUUACCAAGAUCAUUGGUCUGGGAAAGAAGAAGCCAUCCACAGAUGAGCAGACAUCAUCAGCAGAGGAGGAUGUGCCCACCUGUGGCUACCUAAAUGUGCUGUCUAACAGCCGCUGGCGGGAGCGCUGGUGCAGAGUGAAGGACAGCAAGCUCAUUCUCCAUAAAGAUAGGGCUGACCUGAAGACCCACAUCGCCUCCAUCCCUCUCCGUGGCUGCGAGGUGAUUCCAGGCUUGGAUUCUAAGCACCCAUUGACCUUCCGGCUGCUUCGAAAUGGACAGGAGGUGGCUGUCCUAGAGGCGUCAUCUUCUGAAGACAUGGGCAGAUGGAUUGGCAUCUUGCUGGCUGAGACGGGGUCCUCCACGGACCCGGGAGCCCUGCACUAUGACUACAUAGAUGUAGAGAUGUCAGCAAAUGUCAUUCAGACAGCUAAACAGACCUUCUGCUUUAUGAACAGGCGGGCAGUGUCCACUAGCCCAUACCUGGGGAGCCUCUCCAAUGGCUACGCUCAUCCCAGUGGGACAGCACUACACUAUGAUGACGUCCCCUGUGUCAACGGAUCGUUGAAGAGCAAAAAACCUCCAGCAUCAUCUAACGGGCUUCCUGUAAAGGGAAAGGCUCCGAGCAGCCAGCAAAAAAAGGUGGAAUCUGCAGGUGGCGUGAAACGGACAGUGUCAAAUGCUGAGCAGUACAAAUACGGUAAGAACCGGGUAGAAGCAGAUGCCAAGCGCUUACAGUCCAAAGAGGAAGAGCUGCUGAAGAGGAAAGAGGCCCUUCGGAACAGGCUGGCACAGCUCCGGAAAGAAAGGAAGGACCUGAGGGCUGCCAUCGAAGUGAAUGCAGGCAGGAAGACCCAGGCGGCCCUGGAGGACAAGUUGAAGAGGCUGGAAGAAGAGUGCAAGCAGAGGGAGGCAGAGCGGGUCAGCCUGGAGCUGGAGCUGACCGAGGUCAAGGAGAGCCUGAAGAAGGCCUUGGCGGGUGGCGUCACCCUAGGACUGGCCAUCGAGCCCAAGUCAGGGACAUCCAGUCCACAGUCUCCUGUGUUUCGGCAUCGGACCCUAGAAAAUUCUCCCAUCUCCAGCUGUGACACCAGCGAUGCUGAGGGGCCUUUGCCUGUGAACAGUGCCGCCAUCCUGAAGAAGAGCCAACCAUCCUCAGGCAGCUCCCCUUGCCGUGGGCACGUGUUGCAGAAGGCCAAGGAGUGGGAGCUGAAGAAUGGGACAUAGAGGGAGCCCAGCCUCGCCCAGAGACUGUGUACUGCCACCAGCCUCGCGUGUGACACGUGCGCCUCCCAACGUGGCCUGAGCAUGACUGCAGAAGUUUGGAUGAGACUGAUGCUGACCCUUGGCUGGCUUGCGUGCACGCUUUCUACUGUAUGAUGGUGCCCUUUAGGAAAGUUUACUUUAAAACUUUUGGUGUCCAAAUUUACAUGUUUAAGAAGCAGAAACAAAAGGGGCUGACAAGUUGUCCUGAAGCACCCUCUAGCAGAGGGGGCACUUCUGAGGACCUCAGCUCAGCUCCAGAGCCUGCAGCCCAUGGACCGCGCGCCCCUGAGAGACGGGGUGGCCCAAGCCUUCCCCAUGUGCGGUCAGGGCUGCAUACCUCACCGUUUGCCACAGGGUCCUACUCUGCAGCAGCUGCAUGAGCGCCUGUGUCUGCACACCCCCUCCCUCUCCCCGCCUGUCCCUUGUCACUGGAGGUAAAGCCAUGAGGAAUAGUGCUGUGAAGCGAAGAUUCAGUUUUGGUUUUGGACAAACCUUUUGUCACCAGGAUAGAGAAGUUGUCAUUCUUUUUACCAGUGUUUUUCAUGUUGGCUUUUAAAGAAAAUGCUCCCCCCCUUUUUCAUCAUAUGCUAUGCUUGGACGUUAGGGACUUCUCAGAGA